AUGGUCCCUAACUGUAGAAAGGAGUGCAAGGCCAUUCACUUGAGAAGUGGUAAAGUAGCAGGAUCAGAGACAAAGGUUCAUGAGGAGCUACUUGAACAAGAGGCUCCGGAAGAGGCAAAAGACAAGGAAGAACACAUCCCUCCCAAGCAUUCAGAGAACCGUUUUCCAGUAACUCUUGAUACACAUCCAGCACUACCCAAGGCUCCAGAAUACAAGGCUAAGAUGCCUUCCCCUCAGAGGCUUCAAAAGGAGACCAAGGACAACCAGUUUUCAAAGUUCUUAGUGGUCUUUAGAAAGUUAGAAAUCAAUAUUCCUUUUGCCAAUGCUUUAAAUCAAAUGCCUCUCUAUGUCAAGUUUAUAAAAGACUUACUCUCUGCAAAGAAAGCCUUCAAGGGAGAUGAAAUAGUGGUGUUAACCAAAGAAUGUAGUGCACUCAUUCAGAGCAUGCUGCCUAAGAAGAUGUCAGAUCCAAGGAGCUUUCGAAUUUCUUGCACUAUUGGGAAUAUCACUUUUGACAAAGCUCUUUGUGAUCUUGGUUCAAGCAUAAAUCUGAUGCCCUUAUCUGUGAUGAAAAAGCAAGGGAUCCAAGAAGCACAAGCGACAAGGAUAACCCUGCAAAUGGCUGACAAGUCUCUGAGGCAGGUAUAUGGGCUAGUGGAGAACGUACUGGUCAAGGCUGGAGAGCUAUUCCUCCUUAUAGAUUUUGUGAUACUUGACAGGGGAGAGGAUACAGAUGAAUCCAUCAUCCUAGGAAGGUCAUUCCUAGCCACUGGAAGAGCCUUAGUAGAUGUUGAGAGAGGUGAAUUGAUGUUGAGGUUGCAUGAGGAUUAG